CACCAUUUGUGACUUGAUGUCUUCAUUGAUUUUUUGGAGAUUGACAAUUGCAAUAACUACAAUUGACAUUGGAUGAUGGGGCCUGAUUGGUUUGUUUAUGAUGAAUACAGUGUUCCCAACUUAGAACAAGAGAAAGAACUAAAUGUAUGUCAGAUAUACUGAACUACUUGUCCAUGGAACUUACACUAACAGCUUGAAAGCAGGGGCUCUAAAACAAGAAAAUGGAAGAAGGAGACCUCCCAUUGAUGUCAAAUAUAGCAGACAUCUUCGUUAAUCAUUUUACAUUGCAGCUUAUGUGUGAUUUGAAUGGAAAAUCAUUUUCAGGAAAUAUGACAAUAUUUGCAAAUAUAAGAAACAAAAGUCCCGAUAAUGAGACACAGCUCUUGGCUGGAAAAGAGAAAAUCAUCAAUCAAGCUGGACCUGAUCAUGAUAACAAACAAAAUAUAAAACUAAUAUUAGAUUCAUAUGAUAUCAACAUAAAAUCUGUUGAGGAAUUAACACUGAAGGAUAAAGAUUGUGUCAAGCUUUUAGAGGAUAAGGACUUUUUCAAGUUAGAGAAAAAACUCUCCAACCAUCACCCGACUUCUUGCUACAGUACGACUCUUCUGAAGUUUGACGUUGAAAAGUGGUGCAUUAAGAUUUACAAAGAAAAACGUAAACCAAUAGAAAACAAGCCUCUUAACUUGGAUGUAAAGGAGACCAAUUCACCCAAUGUUUUGAUAGUAAGAAUAAGUUAUUGCACUGACCCCAAUGGAGCAUCACUCAAGUGGUUAAUGGAUCAGAGCAACAGGCCUUGUGUAAUAACGCCAGCAUCCUGGAUCAACAAUCGCUCAUUCUUCCCCGCCCAAGAUGUCCCUUUAGCUAGUGCCACCUGGGGAGCAGUUAUUGAAGUAGAAUCUCCACUUACUGUGUUAAUGGCAGCUGAUUUAUCUUGGACAGAGGAAUUCAAUGGAAGAAAGCUGUUUCACUUUCAGUCCACCAAUGCUCUACCACCCUCCACUGUAGCAAUUGCAGUUGGCCACUGGGAGAAAACUGUUGUUGACUACCCAGUUGAACACAGAACGACUACAUAUGAUGACAAGAUUUCCUGUAAUAUCUAUGCCACAUCAGAUCUGGUACCACUUGCCUCUCAACAGCUGGAUGACUAUUUACCUGUAUGUGUUAGGGCAAUGGGGGAGAUGCUAGGCCCAUUGCCAUAUCCUAGAAUUGAUCUCCUUGUUGUGCCUAAAGCUUUCGCCAGUCUAGGACUUACAAGUCCAAACCUUAUUUUCAUUUCACAAACUCUAUUGUGCAAAGAUGGCAGCACGAAUGUCCGUAUUGCGCAUGAACUCUCCCACUAUUGGUUUGGCUUAUGUAUUGGAGCAAGCAACUGGUCAGAAGAAUGGCUGAGUGAAGGGUUUGCCACUUUCAUAGAGGACCAGUUGCAUGGAGUUGCUUUAAAUAUGGAGGAAAAGAAGUUAGAAGAAUACUGCCAAUUGAGGGCUUUGAGUCGAUAUCACACUUUGAAAUCUGAGCUUGAAAACACCAAUACUGAUAUCCAAGUUUUAAGUACAGCAGCUGGCAAGAUGACCGAAGGGACAGAACAGAUCAGUUAUGUUAAGAAUGGUCUUAAUCCAGAGAAAACAUUUACUCAGGUUCAUUACCUCAAGGGAUAUUUUCUGCUCAAACAUUUGGCUUGCAUUAUUGGGAAGAACAAGUUUCUCAGUUUUCUUAAGAUCUAUACAAAGACUUUCAGUGGACAGCAAGUUUCAUCACAGGAUUUUUUUAAUUUGCUGUUUCUACAUCAUGGAGAUGAAUUAAGAGAUGCUGGUUUGUCUCCAGACACUUUGUUCCAAACAUGGUUAGAAUCAAGUGGCAUGCCUCAGGAAAUAGAUGAAAUGUUUAAUGAAGAAUGCCUCAGAGGAAACAGCCUGUACAAUGAAGCAGUGAAGCAGUCUGAGAGGUGGAUGAAAUUUGACAAUAAUAUCCUGAAGCAGAAGAGGAAACGAAAAAGAUCUCAAAAUGAUGACUAUGAUGCAAUCCUCCCAGAGUGUGUGGAAUUCCAGUUUGCUGAUCAGUUAGUGUUGAUGUUGCAAAGAUUAGUUGAGUGUGCUAGACUGCAGUACCGGACACUGGACAGUCUGCAGCAGGUCUAUGACAUGUCACAGCAGAACCCUGAUGUGAGACAUCUAUGGUGUGAACUGGUAGUGAAACACAAGUACAGUAAAGCUUACCAGGAUGUCAGGUUAUUGCUGAUUAAUGACCAGUCUAUGGGGGUAUAUUUGUAUGGUGAAAUGAUGCUAUCAGGAUGUAGAGUACAACAGGGACUUGCAAGAGACUGUUUUAAAGAAAUAUCACAUGACAUGGAACCAGCCACAUAUACAACAGUACACAGUAUGUUAUACGGUACCCCAGGGACUUGAACAGCAAUAUGAGACUACAAGCUACCUCAUAUGGCAUAAAAUAUACUAUGUACAUAGACAGUACACAGUAUGUUAUACGGUACCCCAGGGACUUGAACAGCAAUAUGAGACUACAAGCUACCUCAUAUG